AAUGCUAACAAGGGUAUUAGCCAGAUAGAUGCGUGCAGGUAUUUAGAAAUUUUAAUAUCUUCAUAGCAUUCUCUGCUGCUAAAAAAUAAGCAGAGACUACAGCUACAACAACCACAACCACAAAAGCUACUACUAAAACAACCACAGGUCAAAUUGCUUAAGUUAUUGGUGCUGUCGUUGAUGUUUAAUUUGAUGGACCACUUCCUCCUAUCUUGAAUGCUUUGUAAGUGUAAGGCACUAGUCACAAAUUAAUUUUGGAGGUAGCACAACACUUAGGUGAUAGCAGAGUCAGAACAAUUGCUAUGGAUUCUACAGAAGGUCUCAUUCGUGGAUAACCAGUAUCAGAUUUAGGAGGUCCCAUCACAAUUCCAGUUGGUCCUGAAACUUUAGGACGUAUUAUGAAUGUUAUUGGUGAUCCAAUUGAUGAAAGAGGUCCAAUUGAAACAAAAAUAAGAUAUCCUAUUCAUAGAGAAGCUCCAAGUUUUGUUGAUUAAGGUAGUGGUGCUGAAAUCUUGAUCACUGGUAUCAAGGUGGUAGAUUUAUUGGCUCCAUAUGCUAGAGGAGGUAAGAUUGGAUUGUUCGGUGGUGCAGGAGUAGGAAAGACAGUGCUUAUUCAAGAAUUAAUUAAUAAUGUAGCUAAGGCCCAUGGUGGUUAUUCAGUAUUUGCAGGAGUAGGAGAGAGAACAAGAGAAGGAAAUGAUUUAUAUCAUGAAAUGGUUGCUUCUGGUGUUAUCAAUUUAAGUGGUGGAUCAAGAUGUGCUUUAAUUUAUGGAUAAAUGAAUGAACCCCCCGGUGCUAGAGCUAGAGUUGGUUUGACUGGUUUAACAGUUGCUGAAUAUUUCAGAGAUGAGGAAGGAAAAGAUGUGUUACUCUUUAUUGACAACAUUUUCAGAUUCACAUAAGCAUGUUCAGAAGUGUCAGCCUUAUUGGGACGUAUUCCAUCAGCUGUCGGUUAUUAACCAACAUUGGCAACAGAUUUAGGUUAAUUGUAAGAACGUAUCACAACAACAAAGAAGGGAUCAAUUACAUCAGUUUAAGCUAUUUAUGUACCUGCAGAUGAUCUUACAGAUCCAGCACCUGCCACAACAUUUGCUCACUUGGAUGCUACUACUGUGUUAUCAAGAGCAUUAACUGAAUUAGGUAUUUAUCCAGCUGUUGAUCCAUUGGAUUCUUCAUCACGUAUGAUGGACCCAAAUAUUGUUGGUGAAAAGUAAUUUAUCUUAUUUAAAUUAUAAUAGACAUUAUACAGUUACAAGAGGAGUUUAAAAAUUAUUGUAAGAUUAUAAAUCACUCCAAGAUAUUAUUGCUAUUUUGGGUAUGGAUGAAUUGUCUGAAGAUGAUAAACUUACUGUUUCUAGAGCUAGAAAAGUCUAAAGAUUCCUUUCAUAACCAUUCUUCAUGAGUGAAGUCUUCUCAGGAAGAAAGGGUAAAUUUGUAUCACUUUCUGACACCAUUGCUGGAUUCAGAGGUAUAAUUAAAUAAUAAUUGUAGCUUUACUUGAUGGUGAAGGUGAUGAAUACCCAGAAAAUGCAUUCUAUAUGUAGGGAACAUUUGAAGAUGUCAUUGAAGAAGCCAAAAGAGUUGCAGCUGAAACAACCAAAUGAA